AUGACAGUCUUGUUAAAUUAUUAAAAAAAAAAACAAGUUUGUACUUGAAAAGUACGGCGUAUAUCCACGGCGAAGAACGCAAGCAUCCGCCAAGGAAACGUCCAAUGCAGCAGCCAUCCGCUCAAGCAUUGAACCCGGAAUCCGGAGGAAUCCCGGCGAGGAUGUGAUGUGCGCACUGGGCCCUCUCCGCUGGUCGAUAUAAACUCGUGCCCCCCUCUUCUCGCCAUCUUCCUGCUGCUGUCCACCGCCUGCUCAUCCUUCUCCACAGUGUCCCAGUCCUCCGUAGCAAUCGACUCCGCCUGGAGAUUCUCGCCAUAGUGGAAGACCUUCCGGUAGCACGAGUGGUGCCUGGUGCAGACCGCAAGGCACACGGAGGCCGCGGUAUCUUGCAAAUCGGCGGAGCACGGAAACCGCUGCACUAGGGGUGGCACUCAGGCACUUUGUCCAGGAACCAGCAAUCGAGGAAUCUGGCACCACAUCUGGAGUCGCCAUUGACCUGCGGAACACCCCAUUUCUUAGCAAAACGACAUGGUAACGGUUGUGAGUCCCCACCCAGAGAGUGCCAAGAAGCUUUGAGAUGAAGCCAUUGAUCCAGGUGUAGAUCUUGCACAGAUUCUGGAAGCUAAGGUAUCCUGCUUCAGAUUUUUAAGAGGCUCAGCUUCAGAACCGAAGGCAAAACUUGCCAGGAAUGAAAUCGGGAACCCACAGUAUCUUAGACCCGAUAAUCCGCCUAUAAAAGAGAGCCUUGAGGCAAGGAAUUGGUGGCAUAGCUGAACAGGUGCAGCGAACUUAAGAUCUGGAAAUCCGACGCAUCCAAGGGAACUGCAACCAGUAAACUAGUACUUAUUUGCGGGCCAAAAACCUGACAAACGGAAGCUGCACCUUAAAACCAAGUAGGGAGCAUCAGGAUCCUUAGGGCUCCACGGAGAUGGCCACCGCAUCGCUGGACGCACUGCAAGCAGCCUAUGUGGACUUCAGUGAGCUAACACUAAGAGAGAAAGUCGGCCAUGGGUCCUACGGAGUGGUCUGCAAGGCCGUCUGGCGCGACAGGCUGGUGGCCGUCAAGGAGUUCUUCGCCAGCGCCGAGCAGAAGGACAUCGAGAAGGAGGUGAAACAGCUGUCGCGCGUAAAGCACCCGAACAUCAUAGCUCUGCACGGAAUAUCCUCGUACCAGCAGGCCACCUACCUGAUCAUGGAGUACGCCGAAGGUGGAUCCCUGCACAACUUUCUUCACGGCAAGGUGAAACCGGCCUAUUCCCUGGCCCACGCCAUGAGCUGGGCGCGCCAGUGUGCGGAGGGCCUGGCAUAUUUGCAUGCCAUGACGCCGAAGCCGCUGAUCCAUCGCGACGUGAAGCCGCUGAACCUGCUCCUGACCAACAAGGGGCGCAAUCUGAAGAUCUGCGACUUCGGCACGGUGGCGGACAAGUCGACCAUGAUGACCAACAAUCGCGGCAGUGCCGCUUGGAUGGCGCCCGAGGUCUUCGAAGGCUCCAAGUAUACGGAGAAAUGUGACAUUUUCAGCUGGGCCAUUGUGCUGUGGGAGGUGCUGUCCAGGAAGCAACCCUUUAAGGGCAUCGACAAUGCCUACACCAUCCAGUGGAAGAUCUACAAGGGUGAACGCCCACCGCUGCUGACAACCUGCCCCAAGCGGAUCGAGGACCUGAUGACCGCCUGCUGGAAAACGGUGCCCGAGGAUCGCCCGUCGAUGCAGUACAUAGUGGGCGUCAUGCACGAGAUCGUCAAGGACUAUACGGGGGCGGACAAGGCCCUGGAAUACACAUUUGUUAAUCAACAGAUUGUCACCAAAGAGAGCGACGGCACGGUGGCCGCUCAACCGGAUAGCCUCAGUUCGCAGGAGGGGGAACUGAGCCCCUCGUCCACACAGUUAACACCGACAACGGCGGCCAACGCCAAUGUGAAUGCGAUAGCAAUAACAGAAACAACGACUAGCUCAAUGACCGAAAAUACCUCAUCAACAUCAUCGGACAUCACGCCGACGAACUCGGGCCAACUUGACAAUAAUCCGCUAUUCCACAUGGUCAGCAAUCGCUGGGACGCGAUUCCCGAGGAGGAUAGCAACGAGAGCCGUAACGAUAGCUUCAACCUCACCUCGUCGGCGGAGGCCACUCAGCGCCUCGAGACGAUCCGGAACGGCAUGAUCCUGAUGGCCUGCAAGCCCAUGGAGCAGCUCACCCUCGACGUGGAGGCGAAUGGCUUCGAUCUGAGUCGCAGCGAAAGCAGCAGCAGCAGCACGAACGCAAAGAGCGAUGGCCGCGAACGACUCACGGUGACGGACACGAAGCCGGUGAUGAUGACCACGGACCUGGCCAACAACAACAACCACGCCCACUCGAACGGACUGCUCAGUCAUGCGAAUGAGGAGCUGCAGGAGCAGGAGCACGAGCAGGAGAUUGUCAACUCGCUGGACGUGGAUGUGGAUGUGGAUCCCGACGAGGAUGAGAACGACGGCACCGAACAAUCGCUGGCCGAGAUUCUCGAUCCGGAGCUUCAGCCAGAGCCACCGAUUCCCAACGAUGCCGAGUCGCAGCUCAUCUACCGGGAGCACCGGCACAUGGCCAAGGAGUACCUGAGCGUCGACACGAACCUCUAUUACGCGCAGGACUUCAAGGACAAGCUCAUUGUGCAGAUGGAUCGCACCGAGCGCGAACAGAAGCAGGAGCUGCUGCGCAAGAUGAAGGAUAAGGAGGGUCUACAGAGUCUUUACAACAAUCUGCAGCAGCAGUACGCUUCCCGCCGACUUGCGGCCGGCCAUCAUCCGCAUCCGCAUCCGCACCCUCAUCCUCAUCCGCAUCAGCAUCCACACUCGCAUCCCCAUCCCCAUCCGCACUCGCAUGCGCAGCAGGAGGAGGGCAGUGGACUGCAGUCCGGAUCGGUGGGCGGAGGCUCCGAAUCCGUGGAAGAAGGCUGGGUGGUCAUCCCACCGCACCACAACGCGUAGUCUCCUGCGCCGUCGGAUCGACUCUCUAUGUCUUUUAGGCUAGUACUGUAACCUUUAAUCCGUAAUCUGUAAUCUGUAAUCUGUAAUCUGUAAUCCGUAAUCUGUAAUCCAUAAUCUGUAAUCCAAUAUUCGUAAUCUGUAUCUGUACCAUUAGCCAUAGCACUUUGUUUAUUUCUAUAUCUAUAACUUAUGCGGACGUGCGUGUUCGUUGUAAGCGUUUUUUUAUUUAAGUUUAAGCGUAUUUAGUCCGUGUUUCUUUUAAUUUAGCAAACAACUGUUUCGAUCCAUUAGCAGUCUCGCAAACUUCAUUUAGGUUUUAAUAUUAUGGUAAAGCUUAAUUACACACAUACUUAGCAUUAACACAUGUAUCUGACAAGGAGUAGACCAAAAAAUAUAAAAACCAUCGAAAGCAACGACAAAACAAA